AUGAAGGCCCUUUGGAAACUAGAUUGUCCAUCGGGCACCCUUUCUAGUUUGACUCAGUUCUAUGAUUCCAUCGAAUCAUACACACGUGGAUUAAACGCACUUGGAAAGAAAGAAGACUCCUAUGGUGAUCUUCUUGUACCCAUCAUCCAGGAAAAGCUUCCCGCAACCAUGAGAAGACAACUCGCACGAGAUGAUGACACUGAGGGUGAGUGGACACUUGAUAAAUUACGGAAAGCUAUCCGCCACGAAAUCGACUCCAUUCAGGCUGCAGACGCAAUUGAUUCCCUCGUUCUUGACGACAACCCGCCGGCAACUGCAGCAUUCUUUACCACAACCAAGAAAACGAUGCCAUACUUUCACCGCCCGUAUCCCUGCGUGUUCUGUAAGCAACAGGGCCACAAAUCUGGACAUUGCACUACUGUCACUUCGAAAAAGGAACGGAAUGCAAUCGUAAAACGGGACAAACUUUGUACAAACUGUUUUUCUAAACGCCAUACAAACUACGACUGCCAGUCAGUCUUUCGCUGCCGAGAUUGUAGCGGAAAACACCACACUUCCCUCUGUCUGAGCCAGACCCAAAAGGAUAAGUCUAAUCGCCACAAGGAUAACAACAAGCGCCAUGAUGAGCAACCACGAACCAGCAACCCAGAAGACAAGCGAGGGAAACAACAGCAGGAAACACACCAGCUCUUCACUUCAAACGGAGACGGCCGCCACCCUGUUUUACUAAAAACUGCGGUGACACAACUCUACGCUGGAAAUUCUUCACUACGUGGAACAGUACUAUUCGACGAAGGAUCGCAGCGUACUUUCAUAACGGAGAGUAUCGCACGGAAGCUCGACUUAAAUCCGAUUGGAAACGAAAAUAUGUGUGUCAGUACCUUCGGCGCGAGUUCACCGGCAGGGGUGCAGUCGCUUCCGAUCGUUUAUGUUGUCCUCCACGAUCGGGAAAAUUCUGGGGAAAUCACUGUACGCGCUCUUGUUGUGCCGCAAAUCACUACGCCCAUGCAGAAUCUAGUAAAUCCGGAUGUUGCUAACUUGCCUCAUCUACGUAACCUAGCGCUUGCACACCCGCCAACUUACAUGGAUACAUUCGAAAUUGCCCUCCUAAUUGGAGCCGAUCAGUUUUGGAAUAUUUUGGGAAAUCACAUUGUUCGGGGCAAAGGCCCUAUUGCUGUGUCAUCCAAGCUUGGAUAUUUGCUAUCAGGUCCAAACCCCACAGUUACCGCUUCAGUGUUUUCCACGAAUGUCAUGAACGUAUCAGUCGCCACCCAACUCGAAAAAUUCUGGGACAUUGAAAGCAUUGGAAUAACGGACAAAACUACGACAAAGGACAUUACGUAUGAAGAUUACACCGAAACCCAUUUACGCAAGGAAGACAACCGAUAUAUUGCCAAACUACCAUGGAGAGAGGACCAUCCGCCACUCCCAACAAACUACAACGUUUGCCGAGCCCGGACCCGAAACAUGGUUCGCCGCUUAACACCUUACCUGAGGAAAGUAUAUCAUCGCAUCAUCCAUGAUCAAGUUAACAGAGGUUUUGUUGAUAUUGUAGAAGAGGACGAUUUCCACCAAGGACAUUAUCUUCCACACCACCCCGUCAAAAAGGACUCAGAAACAACACCAAUAAGGGUGGUAUAUGAUUGCUCGUGCAAAACAGCGAACGGAAACAGUCUCAACGAUUGUUUGGACGCCGGGCCCCCUCUACUCAAUGACUUAGCCGCCAUUCUUCUGCGUUUUAGGACUCAGAAAUUUGGAUUAUCAGCAGAUCUGGAGAAGGCCUUUCUACACAUCGGAUUGGACGAAAGUGACCAACAGUGGACCAAAUUCCUAUGGCUAAGCGAUCCCGAUGACCCCGAAUCUCCCUUCACCGUUUUCCAAUUCAAAGCCAUACUGUUUGGAGCAGUCUGCUCACCGUUCAUACUGAAUGCAACUGUGAAGCACCAUCUAGAGAUGAACGCGAGCCCCGUAUCACAGGACAUUAGCAAGAAUACAUACGUCGACAACAUCAUCAGCGGGGCAGAAACAGUAGAGGAUUUAGUGAAUUACUAUCACGAGGCAAACAUGCUCACAAAAGACGCCAGAUUCAACUUACGGGAAUGGGCUACCAACUCAGUGGAACUACGUAACAUUGCACAAAACGAAAACCGCGCUAACUCCGAUCCGGAAACCAAUGUAUUGGGGAUAACUUGGAAUACCAAUACAGACGAAUUAGCAUAUCCAGAUAAACACGCACGCUCCACGGACAAUGAUAAAACAUUGACAAAACGCGAGUGUUUAAAGAUUACUGCCGGGAUUUACGACCCCCUGGGAUUCUUUGCUCCAACGCACAUUCGUGCCAAAAUGUUCAUCCAAAAACUCUGGCGCGAAAAUCUUCAGUGGGAUGAACCCAUGUCUGAAGAGCUACAUAAUGAAUGGAUUAAUCUUAAUCAGGAUCUGUUGGCCGCAACUGCCAUUACUGUACCAAGACCAUACUUCAGCUCCAUGCAAACUGACGCACCAUACCAACUGCACGUGUUUUGUGAUGCCAGUGCCGGAGCUUACGGAUGUGUUGUUUACCUACGUCAAGUCAACACAAACACUGUGUCUAUUGUUAUGUCAAAGGCCAGGGUGACUCCUGUAAAAACACUAACAAUUCCACGCGCAGAACUCAUGGCAGCCUUACUAGGCGCACGACUGCUCAACUUCGUCACUGACAGUUUGAAGGAACAACUGGCUAUAACAGGGUCAAUGUUAUGGUCAGACAGCCAGAUUGUGUUACAUUGGCUCAGCAGUGACAAAAAACUGCCGUGUUUUGUACAAAAUCGAAUCACGGAAAUCAAAGCUUGUGACGUCAUCACCGAAUUCCGGUACUGCCCCACCGAUGCAAACCCCGCAGACCUGGUCUCACGUGGAGUAUCUGCUGAAAACCUCUCUGAAAACAAUCUGUGGUGGACCGGACCGGAUUGGCUGAAAACCGGAGAUUGGCCAACGCGCGAAAUAGGUCAACCUGAUGUGCAAACAGUACUUGCUGCCAUCGCUAACGAGGAAGCAAUUAACACUGUAAAUGUCAACAAUGUCGCGUGCCAGCCCGCUGUGCCUUGCGGGAUAAUGAACAUUCUUGACUCUGAGCGAUAUAGUUCUUUGCGGCGGCUCUUACGCCUCAGCGCUCUCGUGCUGCGAUUCAUCAACAACCUCAAAAGUAAGAAGGAAAAUCGCCUGCAUGCGGAGUUAAAUGCUAGUGAAAUAAAUGAGGCGGAACAAAGAUGGAUCAAAGACACUCAAGUGUUUUACUACAGAGAGGAAAUGAAGAACCUCAAAAUGAAAGCAGAGACACUGGGAACUCUUGCGCGUCAAUUAUGGCUCUUCAUUGACAAUGAUGGCAUUUUGCGAGUAGGAGGCCGACUCCAUAAUGCACCCAUGCGAUACAGCAUGAAGUUUCCCAUCUUGAUUCCACCGAAAAGCCGACUUGCAGCUCUUAUCGUUCUUGACUGCCACGCCAAAAAAAACCAUUCAGGACUACAAUCCACAAUCACUUAUAUUCGAUACAGAUAUUGGAUCACACAGAUCCGCGUCACUGUGAAAACUCUUCUACGAACAUGCGUCAUAUGUAAGUUCAUAUAUGGCAAACCAUACAGGAAACCGAUUCCUGCUCCACUACAAUCGUUCCGUUUACUGGAAGCCCAUUCAUUUACGGUUACAGGCGUGGAUUUCACUGGAGCCCUGUUCGUCAAAGAUGGUACAAGGGAGACGAAGGCAUACAUUUGCCUGUUCACGUGUGCAGUCACGCGCGCAAUUCAUCUAGAAUUAGUGCUGGACAUGUCAUCUGAAACAUUUAUCAGAGCUUUCCGGAGAUUCGUUGCCAGACGUUCGCUCCCAAGCAAAAUGGUAUCGGAUAAUGGGUCUACUUAUUUGGCAGCAGCAAACGAACUAACAGAACUGUUUAAAUCCCGUUCAGUCAAAAGGUACUUGGCAGACCGUAGAGUACAAUGGAUUAACAUUCCCAAACGUGCUCCCUGGUGGGGUGGGUUUUGGGAGAGACUCAUCGGACUAACAAAAACGUCACUCAAAAAAGUGCUUGGUCGGGCCUUUGUGUCAGUUGAUGAACUCAAUACGCUGUUAAUCGAAGUGGAAGCAGGCCUGAACGACCGCCCGCUGACAUAUAUUUCUGAGGAUGUUGAUGUGUCACCACUGUCACCAUCCCACUUUCUGAUGGGACAUUCUAUAACGGCACUGCCGUACGACGUGGAUACAGAUGAACUUGACGAUCCAACAUUUGGCCAACCACAGGAUCUAAGAAACCAUAACAUUCGUCUUGGAAAGUUACAAGCUGAUUUCUGGAAAAGAUGGACUUCAGAAUAUCUUUCCUCUCUGCGCGAAAAUGACCGUAUCAGUGGCAAGGGUAUAACACAUAAUAUCGUAUCAGUUGGCGACGUUGUUCAGAUUGAGAACUCUUCUGUCCCACGCACUAGACGGAAUCUUGGGGUGAUCACAAAGGUGUACCCCGGUCGCGACAGACUAAUUAGAUCUGUUGAUUUAAAAACAAAAUCUGGUCAACUGAACCGCCCGAUCGCGAAACUGUACCCCCUGGAGGUGAACUCAACCAUGUUUAAUGCGCCUGAUGACAACGAAACACCGACUAAACCCCCUGCCGGUCCAAUUGCGCAAGACACUAACAAUGACGCCCGCGAUAAUGCGAGGCCAAAGCGUAAAUCUGCUCUCAAGGCUCAGAACAAAAUCAAAGACUGGGCAAAGGACUUACUUAACUAA